GGUAAUAAAGCAAAAAUGUCGGCAAUGGAAUUGCUGCUGACGGUGGAUCAGCUUGCCAGAGUGAUAAUUUCCAAAAACAAGCAGCUUGAAGAUCUUUCGCUGGUAUACGAGAAAAAAUUACAAACUCUCAAUGAAUAUAUACUGAAAAUUCAGAUCGCCCUAGGGAACGAAGUAGCGGGCUCUCUGAGCAUCCAGAGCAUAGUUGAUGACGACUUUCUAGCGGAAAUACAGAAAGACAUAAGUUGCCCAAGAUGCAACUCAGUAUUGCAUGAUAAGCUGGAUGAUUACGAAUAUAUAAAGAUACCGAAGAAGACAAUACGACCUACGAACAUGGCAAAUACAGGGAAAGAAUUCAAUCCGAUAAAGUCUCCAGAAGUUGAAAAGUCCAUAAGCGUUGGCUCUGUCAGCAGUGAAGUCAGUCUGAAAAACAGCUCCAGUCAUAGGCACCAGCAAUCGAAGAAGAUUUGUUCGUACUGUAAGAAACCAGGUCAUUCUAGAGCCAAAUGUUACGUUCGACUCAGCAAGCCCCAGUCAUGA